AUGCCCCGAGCGGGAUUGAAAGCCUGUAAAGUUCCGGGGGAUGAGCUGGCAUUUGAGUGUUUGAAUGUCAAUACUGAGCUAGAAUCCUGUGGUGGUUGUCUAUACGGUGAUUACGGUGUUGGACUCAACGCACCAAGCAGAUCUUACGGAGUAGACUGCACUUCCCUUCCUGGCGUAGCGAUGGGGGCUAUAACAUGUACCUCAGGACAAUGUACUGCAUUUGCAUGUGACGAAGGAUACGAACUUACCAGGGAGAAUUCAACCUGUGUAUCUCUCUUUUGA